AUGCCUUCCUACAACCAACCACCUCAAGGUCCACCAAUGCCAAUGUAUAACGAAGGACCUGGGCCACAAAUAAUCUCCCAAGGUCAACCGAUGCCGAUAUACAACGAUGGACCACAGAACAACGGUAUACAGCAGCAACCUCCUCAGCUGUAUGGUAACGAAAUUGGAAACUCGGGCGAAUUCCAAUCCGGCCGAUAUCAACCGCGUCAAAUGUAUCCCGGUAAUGCCCCGAAUGCCAAGGCUUUACGCCAAUGA